AAACGAAUGAAAAUGGAAAAAUCUUAUGGUCAUUUUGUAGCUGAUAUUGGUGGACGAAAUUCGAUUAAAAAAGAUCAUCAACUUUCGACUUGGAUUAUGGAUCCUAAUUUUCAAGAAUCAUCUAUACCUAAUUUUUUAAAACCUCUUCCAACUGAAACUUUAGCUCAAGCUUUUACUCUUCAGUCUGGUGUUUUACCUGGUUUUGAUACUUCGGUUUGGAUAGCUGAGGAAGGUGGUCCAAAACGAAAGCGUAAGAAACGUAAACAAGGAGAAAUGAGUGGAACAGUAGAAAGCGUACCACCUUUGAAUGUAUCAAAUGAUACACAAUCUAAUUCGGUUCAUCCUUCAACCCAACCAAGAAGGAAUUUAGAGAAUGGAAUUCAUUCCAAUCAUCCAAACCUUUCAAAAGAAGAAGAUCAUCGAAAAAAGAAACGUACAAAACUUUCGAAUGGAAGUUUACCUAAUUGAAUCCUUUUCAUAGAAAAAAUGAUUCAGAUGAUUUAAUCUUUUUCUUUUUUGUUUGGGGGACGGGUUUUUGGUGAAUUCGAUUUGAUUUGAUUAGUUUUUUUUUGUGAAUUUGUGAAUUUGUUGGAAUUGAGAUGAGAGAGAUAUACAAGAUCGGAUUCAAGAAGAUUGGAUUAGGAGUUAUAUUUUGAUUAUGGAUCGAUUUAUGAGGUUUGAUUGGGUGUUGUUUUGGAUAAUCAUAUCUUUAGUGAUGAAAGAUUUAAGGUGAUUUCAUUUACAAUUUUAAGAAUCUUGAUGAUCAUGAAAAGAAGUCAUGAGGGUUUAUGAAUUAGUCAUCAGUUAUCCGUCAUCAGUUAUCAGUUAUCAGUUAUCAAUCACCAGUCAUCAAUUAUCAGUUGUCAGUUAUCAGUUAUCAGUGACUCUAUGUAUAUCUGUCUGAUGUUUGAGUGAUGAUCUUGUGUGUUUAGAGGACUUUUGUGUGUGUGUAGAUUGUUCAGUAGGAUGAUGGGUCGAGAAAUGGUGUGAUUUGUAACAAAGC